GGCUACUGCGACAACCCUGCACGUUGGCGGCGGAGAUCAUAGAUCAGGCCGCUAACAAUCUGUCUAAGCACGUGUAUGCAAACUACGUGGUGCAGUACCUGAUAGAGCACGGCACCCAAGCUCAUCGGUCAGCCAUGGUGGAGAAGUUUGCUGGCAGCGUGGUGCCCAUGUGCUACCAGAAGUUCGCCUCCAAUGUGAUCGAGGCAUGCCUGAGCUUCGGGACCACGAGGACCGGCAGGCCAUCACUCGCGAGAUCGUCGACAAUGGAGGCGGCUGCUUGGACAUGACGAUCAAUCCCUACGCCAACUACGUGAUCCAGAGGAUGGUGUUCAUGGCGGAGGAGGAGCAGGUGCGCCUGCUGGUGGAUGAGGCCAGCAGGAAUGUGGCCUACCUGAGGAGGUACUCGCAUGGCCAGCACGUCCUCGCCGCCAUGGAGAGGUUCCUCAGCGCCAAGGCGGGGAGGCAGGUGUUUCUGGUGCCUCGUCCACCACUCCUGACCCAUCAGUGAAGAAGACGAGCUGAUGAGCGAUCGUCCAUCGUAUUCAUCCAUGUCGUUGGAUACAUCAUCGAUCGCUACUCAUGAUUUACUAUGAAUGAUCAGGUUUAUUUCAGACUUUGAUCGCGUCUCAGUACUAGUGACUGUUACUGUGUGUAUGCAUGCCGCUAUGGUAGGCAGGGCUAUAUUAUUUAUAUU